AUGACUGCUAGAAUUCUCCACUUGUUGCCUCAUCGGUUGUCCCGACCUCUGCAACAAUCUUCACAAUGCCCUUUCCGCGCCGUUGAAUCUCCUAUUCCUCUGGAUGCACUUUCACGGCGCCGCUCACGCUUUCACUCCACCCUCACUCCUAUUUCUAUCGCCUCGCUCUUGAACCCACAGCCUGGUCACUCGCAGCACAGCUCCAUCAUUACAGCCGAUGCUAGUGCUGCUCCAUGCAUUACUGUAAAUGGUUUCGUUCGAUCGGUGCGGAAACAGAAACGUGUGGCUUUUGCAGCAGUAGGCGAUGGCUCAAGCCUGCAAACGAUCCAGGCCGUUUUGUCUCCAGAGCAAGCAGAAAAUCUAUCUACGGGCGUAGCUGUGGCAAUCACCGGCCAGUGGACUCCAUCCCCGGGGCAAGGCCAGACACACGAACUAGUGACGAAGGGCAUACGCAUUCUAGGGGGCAAUGAUGCUGCUUCAAGUCCACUGCAGAAGAAGUACCAAACAUCAGAGUACCUACGCACACUGCCUCAUCUGCGCUCGCGUCUUCCGUUCAACGCUUUACUUCUGCGACUCAGGUCGCAGGUUAUAGCCCAGAUGACCCAACAUUUCUCCAAUCUUGAUUUCGUGCAAGUUCAUCCGCCGCUGAUAACAUCAUCUGACUGCGAAGGCGCUGGUGAGGUUUUCACAGUGUCCCCAGAUGCAAAAUCUCCUCCGAAUUGCAUUGCAGAUGGACAGGCCGCUUCGAAAGAUCAAUUCUUCCAGGCACCCAAAUACCUAACAGUUUCGAGCCAACUCCAUCUAGAAGCGUUUGCCCAGUCCGUCAACAAAGUGUGGACAUUGUCUCCCACAUUUCGCGCGGAGAAAAGCGACACGCCUCGCCAUCUGAGUGAGUUUUACAUGCUAGAGGCGGAACUCACAUUUGUAGAGGACAUGGCAGAAGUCAUGGAUGUGGUUGAGGAUAUGCUGCGCGCCAUCGCGCGACACCUCCAAUCCUCUUACGUUGGUCAGGAGCUGCUCCAAGCUCGAAGAAAAAAAUCCGAGCCUCACGACGGCGAUACGAUAUCCGAAGCUGGUUUGGCGCAAAGGUGGCAAGGCCUUGUGGAUGGGCCCUGGCCACGGAUCGAGUACAAUGAGGCUAUAGUGUAUCUUAUGGAUGCUGUGGCUCAGGGUGAGGUGUGUUUCGAUUUCCCGCCCGAUCACGCCGAGGGUCUGCAAACAGAACAUGAACGCUUCUUAGCCGAGAAGCUUGGGCGCGGAGGACCGGUCUUCGUUAUAAAUUAUCCUCAAAGUAUGAAGCCUUUCUACAUGGCGCCUUCGAAAACAGCAGAUGGAGACACUCGGCAGCCGACGGUCGCUUGCUUCGAUCUUCUAGUGCCGGAGAUAUGCGAGCUAGUAGGCGGCUCGAUGAGAGAGCACCGGCUGGCCGAACUCGUUCAAGCCAUGGAUGAACGUGGGCUCCGGCAUUCGAUGUCCGGCCAACUUGACGGCCAGAUGUCAGAUGGUCCGCUUGAAUGGUACCUUGACCUCCGCCGCUACGGCAGCGUUCCACACGGCGGAUUUGGAUUAGGGUUCGAUCGACUUUUGUGCUAUCUAUCUGGGGUCUCUAAUAUCAAGGAUGUACUGGCACUCGAAGCCCCGUCGCGAGCAUUGCCCAUGGCAACCCAUGGCCAUGCCGAAGUCCACGAAGCAGAACAUGAGUACGGCUCCCCGACUUCUUCGCCCAUUCUGUUCCCCCUCCUCUCUAUAGUUCCCCAUGAAGCCCAGGGCGCUGACAUGGAUCAUUCUAGCUAUGAAUCGCUACCGCCCAAUUUCUCCCUUUCCGCAAACAUGGUCGCUGGCGCGUUCGCCGGCAUCGCGGAACACUCUGUCAUGUAUCCAGUCGAUCUGCUGAAGACCAGAAUGCAAGUCGUAAACCCCUCGCCCACCGCCAUGUACAGUGGCAUUUCCAAUGCCAUGAUCACAAUAUCACGAGUGGAAGGCUUUCGCACACUGUGGAGGGGACUGUCAAGCGUCGUACUUGGAGCAGGUCCAGCGCAUGCUGUCUAUUUCGCGUCCUACGAAGCUGUCAAGCAUGCCCUCGGUGGCAACGAGGGCAACCAAGAUGAGCAUCACCCAAUUGCAGCUGCUGCUAGCGGAGCCGCAGCCACCAUCACCAGUGAUGCACUGAUGAAUCCAUUCGAUGUCAUCAAACAGCGCAUGCAGUUACAUGGUUCAGUCUACAAAUCCGUCCCUCACUGCGCACGGGAAGUCCUUCGCACCGAAGGCAUAUCCGCAUUCUACGUAUCCUAUCCCACGACCCUGUGUAUGACUGUGCCUUUCACUGCGCUUCAGUUCAUGGCAUAUGAGUCUAUUUCCAAGGUUAUCAACCCGACCGGCCGAUAUGAUCCUACAACACACUGCACGGCAGGAGGUUUAGCGGGUGGCUUUGCCGCUGGUCUCACGACACCUCUGGACGUCAUCAAGACAUUAUUGCAAACACGCGGAAAUGCCACAGAUCCAGAGUUACGAAAUGUUUCUGGGCUAUGGGAGGCAGCCAGAGUCAUACAUCGUAGAGAAGGCUACAUGGGGUACUUCCGAGGUCUGAAACCUAGGAUCAUCACAACCAUGCCUAGCACUGCCAUUUGCUGGUCGGCCUACGAAAUGGCAAAAGCGUUCUUCAUCGCACGGGGAGAAAAUAGAUAA